AUGCUUAAAAAAAGACCUGUCAACAUUGCCUGCAUCCAGGAGACCAAGUGGAAAGGUUCAAAGGCGAAAGAAAUCGGAGAUGGCUACAAACUCAUCUAUCGUGGUACCAGAACACGAAAUGGCGUAGCAAUAGUUGUCGACCAAGACUUCCGUAACAAUGUCACCAGUGUCAACAGGAUGUCAGAAAGGCUUAUGUCUAUCAAGAUUGACUCAACAGCUAUCACUGCCCACAUUGUAUCUUGCUAUGCAAAUCAAACUGGAUGCACUGAGGAUGAGAAGGACAAGUUUUGGAACAGUCCGGAUGCCCUCCUUCGAGAAGUUCCCCAGGAUGAGUCCAUUAUUGUUGGAGGAAAUUUAAACGGACAUUUCAGGGCUCACAAAGAAGGAUAUAUGCGAUGCCAUGGAGGACAUGGGUACAGUGGGUGGGAAGAUGAUGGAUGUCAGAUACGUGAUUUUGCAGAAGCUCAUGAUAUCAUUGUGAUCAACACAUAG